AUGGAAAAAUUGUGUUGCUCUCAUUUCAUAACAAAUUUGCUGAAUAAGUGCCCCUAUACUCCUUUGGAGUUUCACAAUUGCACUUUGGAGAGUUUUUUAGAAGAAAUCUUGAGUGAGAAGUUAGAAGAGAGAAAAGCAAACAUGUUAUUUCUAUAUAACUCUGAAGAUCCAUUUACCAAGUGUUUUUGUCCUCAACUUCAGAACAAGGAUGUUAUUAAUAUUUUAAAGAACUUCAGAUUGUUAGGAUGGGAUCUAGAAAAAACUGAAUAUCAUGAUGCCUUAAUUCGUGCCUUAGAGGAUAUGCCAGAACUAACAGUUUUAACUGAUAUGAUUAUCACUAAAACAUCAGCUGCAUUGAUUAUAAUGCCUAUUAAUAAUAGCAUAAUUAUAUUGUCAUGCAUAAGAGGGAAAAUAUCUGAUCAAGAUAUUUUGAAAGCUCUACAAGGUGCUUGGGACAUAACAGUCAGUGAAAGAGAUCAAGAAAUAAAUUUACACAACUUGGCCAAUAAUACAUCCAAUGAAAAUGAUAUUGGGUCUGAAGAAUAUCAAAGGUUGAUAGCAGACAGACUGGGUGACAGGGAUUAUGAUAAUUUUGAACAUAAUGAACAUGAAUAUUUAAAAUCCAAAAUAGGCUAUGCUCUGUAUGGACCACCACCGGGUCGUAACAUUUCUAAAGAAGAACUAUCCAAACUUAAACCUGAAGAGCUUGAUUACAGUCAAAAAAUGAAGAAGGAGAUCAACAUAAUAUAUGAACAGAUAUUAAAUGAGAGCAAUCAAGUGUCUGAAUGGAAGGAUAGAGUGAUAAUGUCAUUCAUUUACAAUUGUACUGAACCAUUACCCAAAGAAAAACUUAAAAGAGCUCAGAAAUUCCCGGAUUACAAUCCGAAAGUGGACCUGUGUCCCCUCCCAAUUUUCGUUAUACGCAAAUGCGAAGGCAGCCCUAAUCCCUGUCGCAUAUUCGUCGAUCAUACCGGUCGUGUAUAUAAUAGUUGGGAACGUUAUAUAACCAAAAAUAAGUUGAAUGAAUGUCAAAUGAUUCUUCCUAAAAAUGGUCGCUAUACAGUAAACGAAGAAGGAGUAUUAUUACUAGAACGACACAACUCUCCAGCAUGUGGACUUGAUGUCAAAUUUUUAAAAGUCACUGAUAUUACUACUUCCAUUGCUGGAAUAGUUGGUACAGGUGUAUGUGUCGCUGCAGCAAUUCCUGCAAUUACCAUAGCUCCAGUUGCGGUCUUAGCAGGAGGUGCUGUCGGAGUUGGUGUUGGUAUUUAUGCCAUUGGAAGAAGUAUUUUCACAAUUGUGGACAGGGCUGUACAUAAAGAGGCCAUGAGCUUCGCAAACUCGGAAGCAAGAGGCGCAUACCUCAACAUUGUUGCUGGUACUUUGGGAUUCGUAGGUGCUGGCGCAACUAUGGCAGUGUCCCAGUUAACUGCCCAAGGAGUCAAUUUGGGUGUGGGAGCUCGUGCAGUGGUUAAUACCAUUGGAGUCGUCAAUGUAACGGCUAGUGGAGCGAGCAUUGUAAAUUCCACUUACGACGUUAUCGACAAAUAUAUUAGCGACAAUGAAACUCCGAGCACAUUGACUGUAGUUCAACUUACGUCGUCGAUAUUGUUCUUUGGACAUGCAGUUUACAAUUUCAAAACGGCAGGCACCAUUAUUGAGGAAACACAAGCCAAUACAAUUAAAGACUUUCAUGAUUCGUUACGUAGCAAUAGACAUAGAAAAACUUUUAGCAGGCUGCUAAAGGAUACGAUCUCUAAAAAUCAAGGAGAUGUUAGGAAAGGCACUUCAGAAGUCAUAGCAUUUAUCAACAAUGUCCACGAUAAGGAUAACGUGUUUGCGUUAUUAACACGAAGUAACAAACAAUUCAAAGAACAGAAAAUUACUGUUUCAGCACAGGGAGGGAAGAUUACGUUAAACAAUAUUCCCAUAGAUGUCGAGAACUUUGCUACAUAUAACAAAAACGAUAUGUCAUCUGUGCUGAGUAAUUUGCACUUACACGAAUCACCAACAACAUCUGAUUUCAAUUUAUCGCAAUUCAAAGGGAUUCUAUCAAAAUUUACAGAUUAUCGGGCAUUAUUGGAUGUGACACAGAAGAUCCUAACAGGUCAGCAUCAAAAUCUUCAAGUAUUUGUACUGGAAGCCUUGCAAGGAUUGCUGGCUACACUUGAAUUCAAACUACUAAACUGGUUGCAAGAGUACUUUGGCAUAAAUUUCAAUAACCAGCUUAUUAGUUUGGUACUUAAUUUCUUGUUAAACGAGGUUAGGAAAUUGAAUGAACAAUUUAAUUAUUGGAAGACUCAUAGAAACCCUGAAUAUUAUUCUUGGGUUUUUGAAUAUAUUAAAUUUGAAGGUACAACUGAUACAGUAAUAAACAUUUUGGACUGCACUCUUAGAAGAGAUUUUAUAAAUAAUAAAAUAACUGAGGAUGCUCUGAAGAGAUUGAUAGAAUAUUUUUAUAAUUGGAUAGCCACGAUUAUGUGUGAGAAUCAAACCAAUGAAGAAAGGGAAUCAAGUAGGUCUAGACACUCUGCAGGUUGGAGAAAAAUAAAAGUCGAUUGUCCCGAUUGUGGGGGUUAUUAUUUCAAAAAAUGUUAACUUAAUUAAUUUAUCUAAGAAAUCUUAUGACACAAAACUAUUCGCACUAUAAAUAUUAAUACUAGACCAGUACUAGCAUAUUUUUGUAAAGAAAAUUACACCUAGCCUUCCAAAACAUUGUGAUUGUAACAUAUCAUCUACAAGAGCAAAGGUAACUUUAGUUUUUAACUUUGUUGUAACAUGCUUUUAGAUUUAUUAUUAUUAUUAUAAAUUUAUUGUUAUAUUAUUUACCCAUAUGUGUUAACAGGUGCUGUUUUAUAAAGUAAAUAAAGAUAUUUUUAACAAAUUUA